AUGGCUUCCCACUGGAAUCGGAUGACGGUGGUCGAGCUGCGCGCCGAGCUCAAGCAGCGGGGACUGUCGCAAGCGGGCAACAAAGCCACGCUCAUUGAGCGCCUGGUCGAGUAUGAAAAGGAGAAAGAUAUGGAAAUGGAGAAAGACAAAGAGCCCGAGAAUCAACAGCCCGCCGCUGCGCCCGAGCAGCCCGACGACGAUACGACCAGCAAUAAUGGCAAUAACCAUGUCGCGCAGGGGCCGGACCAAAGCCUCGAUGCCCACCACAACGCUAACACAGAGUCACCCUCCGCCGAUGCUGCCGCUGCUGCUGCGGCGACUGCAGAUAGCCAGCCUCUGAAAACGGCCUCCGAGCAGCUUGAUCGCUCCAAUUCGGCCGACAACAAUAAGCCUGUCGACGCCGAACUCGUUCCUGCGACCGAAAUCAUCUCUGAUGCUGCCAACCGCAAGCGUCGCUCGCGCAGCCCGCCCCCACCAGAGAACGAAUCUUCGAGAAAGAGAGCCCGCGCUGCCGAACACAACGUCAAGAGGUCUCCUGAGAGAGUUGAGGAGCCACAUAACCUCGACGAUGGUGAGAACUACAAGUACCCCCAAGAUCGCGAUCGCUCUCAGGAGCAAGAUCGGCCUCCCAACUCCCACAACGAGCCGCAGGUCGAUUAUGAUAGGGCUGUUGCGCCGGCCCAACAUCCCGCAACCUCGGCGCUCUACAUCAAGAAUUUUAUGCGUCCAUUGAGGGAGCCCGUUCUCAAGGAUUACCUCGUCGAGCUCGCCGCAUUGCCGGGUACCUCCCCCGACCCGAGCUGCAUUGUCAGCUUCUACCUCGAUCCAAUCAGGACCCAUUCCUUUGUCCAAUUCUCGACUGUCGCUGCCGCUUCACGUGUCCGAUCGGCUCUCCAUGGGACGGUCUGGCCAAACGAGAGCAAUCGAAAGGAGCUUUGGGUUGAUUUCAUCCCAGAGGGCAAAGUCGACGAGUGGGCUGCCCAUGAGAAAGAAGAGGGUGGUAGGGAUCCCUCUUGCCGCUGGGAAGUUCAUUACGAACCGGACCACAACGGUGAGGUGACUGCCAGGCUUGUCAACGCAGCUAUGGAGCAUCCUCGUCGCAAUACCAGGCAGCCGCUCGGCCCCCCCGCAGUACCGACAGGUCCUGCCAACAACUCAAGCAACCCUUAUGUCGAGGGUGCGCCUUCGGGUCCCCGUGGCCGAGGUCGUGACCGCUUCCGUCAGGGAGCUCCCCCUUCUCAGUUAGGCGCUUCCAAUGCUGCCGGCGAUCGUGGCGGCUGGAGAACCACCCGAGCCGACCCGCCUAUCCAGUAUCGUCCCGUCUCCGAAGACGUGGCGCAGCGUCGUCUUGCGAAUCUGCGUUCUCACAUCACCAAGGACCGCCAUAGAGAUUUGGGUCGCCCGGACGAGAUCAACCGCUACACCUUCGAGAAUAGCGAGACUUUUGUCGAUCGCGGCAAGGAGGCAUUUAUCGGUAUCCGCCCCCCGCAUCGAGAGCGCGAGCGCCGUCGCCUAGGCCUCGACCGCCGCAACCGCAACCGCAACCGCCGCGCGCCCUCGCCCCGCCGUUCCCGCGACGAGACUUACCGAGGAGGCGAGAACAGCCGCAAUGACUACGAGCGUGACUACGACCGUCGCGAUGACUUCGACCGCGACCGCGACAGUUCCCGGCGUGACCGUCGCGAUGUUGAUGACGUGCCCCGCUCCCGUUUUGACGGCCAGCCUUUGCCGACUUACACCGGCCCCACCAGUCGUGCCAGGCGCGGUGGGAGACGUGAUCGCUAUUAG